AUGAGCGCAUUCGCUGCAAAGCGCAAGGCGCGCAAGAUACAGGUGGCAGAUGAUGAUGGGGAGGUUGGCGCCCCUGUAGCGGUCGAGGAGGAAGCUUCAAAUGGCCCCUCGCUCAGUCCUGCUUCUAUAAAAUUCGGAAAGAGAUCAUUUAAAAGCUCUUCAUUGAGGAGGAGCAUCAACAUCAACGACGAUGACAUCGCCGGCAGCACCACGACGGCCACAGCGAUCGAGGAAGACGCCGGGGAGCCAGUUGUCAUUCGACCUUCUUUGGGACGAUCGGGAUCUACAAAGCUGAAGAAGAAGUCAUCGUCCUCGCGAUUAUCGUUUGGGCCAGGAGAAAGCCUUGGUGAUGGCGGGGGCGAUGUGGAGGUCUUCACGCCCAAGAAGAGUACCCUUGGACAGCGAGCCGCCGAGAACAAUGCUUUCAGGAAGUCAUUGUCAGGGAUACUGCCCUCGCGAACCUUUGGCGGGGAGGAGGAAAGGCCUCGGUACAGUAAGGAAUAUCUGGACGAGCUCCAAAGCUCUACGCCAAACACGCCGCAAAACCUAUCGUCGCUACGAAUACAAGAUGACGAGAUGGAACUCGAUCCCUCGGAGCUCGAAGGCGCAUUGGUAGUACCUUCAACCGAGAUUGCGCUUCCAACGGCUGCUAGCCUAGGUCACAUCCCUUCUGAAGCAGAGAUACGCGAGAAAAAGGAGCGACGAGCCCGUUUGGCAGUUGAGGGCGGCGCAUACGAUGAAGACGACGAGGAGAGUGGUUACAUCUCCCUGGCACCGCGCAAGAAGAAGGAAGAAACGCGGCUCAUAGCAGAAGACGAGGAUCUUGGUGAGGGCUACGAUGAAUUCGUCGAAGACGGGGGCUUGUCUCUUGGCAAGAGGGCCGAACGGGAGGCGAAGAAACGGCACAGACAAGAGAUGGCGGAGCUGAUAAACACCGCUGAGGCUGAUUCGGAUGAGGAUGACUCCGAUUCAGACGCCGAGCGGAAGGCUGCAUAUGAAGAAGCGCAGACAAGGGCGGCUAUGGAUGGUUUGCAUAGGACAGAUGGCGGGUACGAUGACCUGAAUAUGUCCACAGGGAUCAUAAUACCGAAGAUGAAGCCGCUUCCUGAUCUAGGCGAGUGUCUGGCAAAGAUGAGGGAUUUGGUCCAGGGAAUGGAAGACCAAGUCAUGCAGAAACGCAAAAGAAUAGGCUUAUUGGAAAAGGAGAAGGAGGAGAUACUCACCCGAGAGAAGGAAGUCCAAGACAUUCUAGAUCAGGCCGGGGCCAAGUAUCAAUCCGUCAUGGGGAGCACAGUCGAUGCUGCGAAGCUGGUUUCGCAGUCACCUCUCAGACCACCAGGCAUGCAUGACUUGCCCACGGAAAGGGGCUUAGAGAGCUUUGGCACAACGCCUACCACGCGACCUGACAUCGACAAUGACGCUUAG